UCCCCCGGUCGCCGUGGAAACCGAUCAGCCAAUCGGAGCGUGUAGCCCUUCUGGCUGACGCGGCGGGAUCCAGCGUGCUUUGGCGGUGGGCUUCCGCGGGUUCUCGAUAACGGACAGCGAUGCUGAAGGCCAAGAUUCUCUUCGUGGGGCCCUGCGAGAGUGGCAAAACAGUGUUGGCCAACUUUCUGACCGAAUCUUCAGACAUCACUGAAUACAACCCAACCCAAGGUGUGAGGAUUCUAGAGUUUGAGAACCCACAUGUCACCAGCAACAACAAAGGCACAGGCUGUGAAUUUGAGCUCUGGGACUGCGGUGGCGACUCAAAGUUUGAGUCCUGCUGGCCAGCCCUGAUGAAGGAUGCCCAUGGAGUGGUGAUUGUCUUCAAUGCUGAUAUCCCAAGCCACCUAAAGGAAAUCGAAAUGUGGUAUUCUUGCUUUGUCCAGCAGCAGUUCCUCCAAGACAGUCACUGCAUGCUCGUGGCCCACCACAAACCAGGUUCUGGAGGUGACAAGGGCAGCCUGGCUUUGUCUCCCCCCCUGAACAAGCUGAAGCUGGUGCACUCAAACCUGGAGGAAGACCCCGAGGAGGUCCGAGUGGAAUUCAUCAAGUAUUUAAAAAGCAUCAUCAACUCCAUGUCAGAGAGCAGAGACCGCGAGGAGAUGCUCAUCAUCACCUAGUGCCCUGUGCCACCACCUCCCAGACGAUGCUGACUUCCCCAGGCAGAGCUGACACCCCACCCAGCUGCUGACAUGCCCUUCUCCCUGUGGCUAUAGACGCAUUCCUUAUCUGCUAGAAGGUGCCAGUAAGAGUCAGGCAUGGUGGCACAGGCCUGUGAUCCCAGCUCGUGGGAGGCUGAGGUAAGAGGGCUGAGAAUUCAAGGCCAGCCUGGGCUAUAGAUGAAGCCCUUAUUGCAACCCCUCUCCAGAAACAAGAAGCUACCCUGCCUCUCUGUCUCGGCUGUCACACCAUAAACACAUCCUUCCAGCAACCUUCUUGGUGCUGUUUUCAGGUUGAGCUGUUUGUUGGUGGUUAAGGGAAUGAAAUGGCUGGGAGCGGAGAGAUGAUGUGAUCUCUGAUGUCCCUGAGAGCAAAAAGGAUGUGGUGUUUCUUACAGAGAACCCAGCUAGAGCUGCUGCUUCCGGACUUGACAGCAGUGCUGUGUGCUAUAAAGGAAUCAACAGCAGGGACCAGUGAGAUGGCUCAGUGGAUGAGUGCGCUUGCCGCCAAGCCUUACAACCUGAGUUCAAUCCCCAGAUCCCACUUCAAGGUGGAAGGAGAGCUCCGCCCCAUUCAACCCCCCCACACACACACAAAAACACACACACAACACAAUCGCACUAUAUAGAACUUUAAAAAGGAAUGGGCUGGAAACACGGGUUGGUGGUUAGGAGCACUGUUGCUAGUGCUGAGGACCUGAGUUCGGAUCCCACAUUGGGCAGCUUUGCCUGUAACUCUAGCUCCAGGAGAUCCAGCCUUUUUCUGGUCCCCAUGGGCACACACACACACACACACACACACACACACAGCAUACACUCUCUCACACACACACACUCACACAGACUGUGUUAGCUACUUUUCCACCGCUGUGAUAACACACCAUGACCAGGGCAAUUCUAAGAAGAGUUUAUGUGGGCUUUCAGGUUCCAGAGAGAUAGUAGUCCGUCAAGACAGGGAGGCGUGGCAGCAGGGACAGGAAACGGAGGCUCAUAUCGAACUGUAGACAUACAUCAGAGAGAGCAGACAGUGAGUGGGCCCCCAAACCCACCUCUAGAGACGUAGUUCCUCAAGCAAAGCCACACCCCCUAGAACUCCCAAACAGUGCCACCAACUAGGAGGCAAGUAUUCAAAUGCCCAAGGCUAUGAGGGACAUCUCUUUCAGAACACCACACAAACACAAAUAUACACAAAUAAGUCUUUUUUUAAGGGAAGGGCUCAGCAAAGGACUGGGCCAGUUGUGUGGCUUCACAGUAGGACAUGUGCUUGAGUCCCCCAGCGAGGGACUGGGGGUGUGGGUUAGAAAUGGAUCACUGUUUAGCUUGUAGGAGACCUUCAGUUCCAUUUCUAGAAAAAGAAAAAAAAUCAACAAUACAAAGUGUCUUUUUAAAGAAAUACAAGGGGUUAGGGAGAUGGCUCAGUUGGUAGAGCGCUUGACUUGCAAGCAUGAGGACCCAAGUUCAAUCCCCUAACCAAGUGUAAAGAUGCUGGGCAUUGUGGCAUGUACUGGGGAGCCAGAGACACAGAUACUGGGCACUGCUGGCCAGCCAGCCUAUUCUGUUCUGUCAGCUUCAAGCCCAUGAGAGAUCCUGUCUCAAAUAUAAGGUGUGGGCUGAGUGAUCAAUCCACUUGCCACAUGAGCAGGUGAUGAGGACUGGAUUUAGAGUCUCGGAACUCAUCAAAGUCAGGCAAGUGUGACCACUUGCUGUAAUCCCAGUACAGGAGAAGCAAAGACAGGACCCCCCCAAGGCAAAUUGGCUGACUGGACAAGCUGGGAUCAGCCAACUUUGGGUUCAGUUCAAGACCCCGACUUAGUAAGAAAAGUGGAUCAAGGAAGAUAUCUUUCAUCACCUUUGGGCUCUGAUGGCGCACACGCUCAUACACACACACACACACACACACACACACACACACACACUGAGGCAUGUACAUAGAAAGUAGAAGCAGGAGAAGAAUCGGGACUUCGAGGCUAACCUGGGCUACACGAGACUGGAUCCUUUCUAAGCAAGCAGACGCCAUGUGCAUGAAAUAGAUCACUGGUGAGAGUGUGACAGGCUAGCAGGAUUGGGUCCCAGCGUUCACCACGGUCACCAUUCUGGGUAACUUGAAGGAACGUUGCUCAUGUCGACAAGAAAAGGCUGGUGAGAUGGCCCAGCAGGUGAUGGCGUGUGCUGCCAAGCCUCGUGACCCGAACUUGAUCUGCAGAACCCAUGUGGUGGCAGGAAAGAGCCAACUCCUCAAACUGUCCUCUGACCUCCACACGCACACCCCGCAGCACGCUCGCAAGUGUCCUCGGGCACACACACGGUCACAGAAAAUAAAAAAGUAUGAUUCUUGCCUUGAUCUCUUCUCAUUUUAAGGCUCCACUCUCAACACUAGAGGUCAGAAGUUCAAAACUGAUACCUACUGGGUACAAGUCAAGCCGCACCCCCCCCCAACCCCCGUCAUAAUCACUCUCGAUGAUUUCAGAGAAUUAUUGUUUGUUUGCUUUAGUUGUUUGGGGGCCUGACUUUGGGACAACUCUCUGUGUAGCCCUGGGUGGCCUGGAACUCACUCUUUAGACCAGGCUUGUCAUGAACUCACAGAUAACUUCUGCCUCCCUAGUGCUGGGAUUAAGGGCAUCCACCAUCACUAAGGCUGCUGCUGGCUGCUGCUGGCUUCUAGUGGCUGCCCGCAUUCCUGUCUGUGGCCCUAUCCCCCCUGUAGUCCAAGGAGACCCAGCAAGACAGACAGGGAUAGGGUUGGAUCCCAGACCUCUGCUCUUCCCUCCCUCCAACGAGCCUGGAUUUUUAAGUGUCGCCCUCAGGGACCAGAACUAGUAAAGCAAUAGUCACCACAGUGCUGUCGUUUGAACUGUAUGAAGCUUUUUCUUUGGGGCCACCAACCAGCUCCCAAAUCAAGCCGCGGAGACUUAGUAGUUAUGAACGCUUGGCCUUAUCUUAGCUCUCAUUUCUUGCUAGCAUCUACGUUUUUGCCUCAGGGCUUUUUACCUUACUUUUUUUUUUUCUAAGACAGGAUUUCUCUGUACAGUUUUGGAGCCAGUCCUGGAACUCGCUCUGUAGACCAGGCUGGCCUCAAACUCAGAGAUCGCCUGCCUCUGCCUCCCAAGUGCUGGGAUUAAAGGUGUGCGCCACCCCCACCACCUAACCAUCUUACCGUUUUUUCCUUCUGUGUAUCUUUCUUUUACUGUUUCUCGUACCUGGUUGGCUAGCCGCUGCCUGGCUUCUGGCCCAGGGUGUGUCCCUCUCUUUCUUUUCUCUCUUCUCUCUCGAGCCUAGAUUUCUGUUUCUACUUAUUCUCCCUGCCCACCAGCCCUGCCUAUCCCUCUCCUGCCUAGCUAUUGGCCAUUCAGAUUUUUAUUAGAACAAUUAGGUGCCUUGGGCAGGCAAGA